AUGGGUCCACGUUGUUUUUUUUACUCACCAACAAUAAAGACUUUCUCGGUGGUAUCUACAGGAAAACUGAAAAUGACCUCGUCGUCUGAAAUAAGCAGUGACGAGCAGGCAAAAUUACCCUCUUUAUCCAACACCAUGCAUCCUUUUCUCACACCAAAACUGAAGAUAUACUCGCUUAAAAGAAGCAGCGACGUGCAUACGGAAUCAACCCCUUUCUCCAGCAACAUGCAGCCCUUUUUAAAAGUAACACUGAAGAUAACCCCGUGCAAAGGAAGCAGAAACGGGCAGAUGGAGUCGGCCCCUCUCUCCAGCACCGUGGAGCCCUUACUCUCACUCAUUAACUUGACGGGAUCUCGAGGUAAAUGUAUGACAUUUUACUGACUUCUGUCUUUCAAUUGAAAGCAUUUACUCUACAAUUGCAAACCAAGAACAAGAGGUUACGUGGUUGUUAAGUCUACAAUGAUAACCCUGUGCUCGUAAAGGAUACUCCAUGUCUUCUGCUUUGUUCUCAUUAGACUUCUGUAUAAACUUUUUUCACGGUAAAAGUGAAAUACAGAAAUCGGAAUCGAAAAAGAAAGCUUAAAAUGUUUUGUAUGAUUGAUGUAUGGUUUUUCUUUGCAUGACUGUUAUGUCUCUAUGUAUUAUGUUGUUGAAACGCUGUCGCUAAGAACGGAAAAUAAUGGUUUUAUUCUAGGGAAAAUCAGCAGCAUAAAAAACAGUGUCAUCAGCAACAAUCAUUAAAACUUAGAGUUCGAAGCUCUUUUUUUUAGGCUUGCAUCUUCACCUACCUGGUUUAUAUAAUUCAGCAAAAUCAAACCUAAUUUUUUCACCUGUCAAUGACUUUUGCCAGGCCUGCAGUCAUCCACUGUGACUCCUUCGCUCUUGAUGAACUCAUUAUCCAAACCAUCGAAUGAAGCCAAUAAAAGUAAACGUCAGUCAAUAGCUAUAGAAAAAGGUUCCCCUUCUAUUCAAGGUGAGCUACAUCUAUGAAUAGUUUCGUGUGUAUUUAAGACUAUUGACUACAUUUGUCUACUGCUGACAAACGCAAUUGAAGAAUUAUUGAGCUAGGCAAAAAUCAAAAUGGCGCUGAUGUGGCACCCCAUCUAGCACAUGGAUUAAUCUCGAUGUUACUUAAAAAUAAGUAACAUUAACAGCAACAACAAGAACUACAGUCUUAAAAACAGGGUUCGAAGCUCGUUUAUUUUGAGGCUUGGAUUUACACCUACCUGAAUUUCAAAAAUGUAAUCAUACCGUUAAUAGUUCUCUCUCUUUGCAGGUCUGCAGUCAUCCACUGUGACGCCUUUGCUCUUGGUUAACUCAUUAUUCAAACCAUCGACUGAAAUCAGUAACGAUAAACCUCCGUCUCAAGCAUUAGAAAAAGUUUACCCUUCUACUCAAGGUCGGUUACGUCUCUAAAUAUUUUUUUAGUGCAUUGAAGUGGAUACAGCAGCAAAAUCAGUGCGCAUGCUCAUAACCCGCAGAAAAGUUUCCGUGUGCAAAAGAAUGGGAAUUAUAAUAUUUCUAUAGUAACCCUAGGCGGGAAAAUACUACCAUUUUUAAAAUUUCCAUUUUCAUUUUGCGAAAACGAGCUCAAACCAAAACAGAUAAGGUUGCCGUUUUCAGAAAAGUUUCCCUGGAAACUCCACUGUCACAUAUUUCACUCAACAAAAACAAAUGUUGCAUUAACAACUGUGAAUUUAGGGACUGAAAUAGAGCAUCCGUGAGAUGGCUAUGAAUUUCGUAGCGACUGCUAUCCUGUCAGGGUGAAUUCAAGACUGCUUGCGAUGAACUUUAAUUAAGAGAACGCUGCUUGUCCUUCAGACCUUUCCAUGAGAGCAAACUCCAUUAUAGGGUAUAUUAUUGCAGUUUCUCCAGUGGGGAGAGUUGUUAAAAACUGAAAAUUCGAGUUUGGUGUUUCCAAUAGCAGGAAGAAAUCAGAAUCAAGUUUGAUAUUAGGGAAAGACUCCAUGUUAAGAUUUUUAACGUUUAAUUAGAUCUCGAUCGUGUAGUCUUGGCUAGAUUAAGUGACAAAGGCUAUCGGAAAGACUUUAAUACGUUAAGUCUCAUCUAAGUAACUCACAAUCAGUGUUUAAUCCUGCCAUAUUCGUAUGUAGGAGUGACCUUUAGCACAUCCAUAUCAAUACCAAGUACAGGAAAACAAGAAAACUGCUUUAGCUGUAUAACAAUGAAAAAUGGAUCCUGUCGGUCUUACUGUGUGUAUGUGGACAAAAACUAUCAUGGAGUGGAUAAAUGUCUCUGUAAGUACUAUGAGCUCAAGAUGGUAUUUGAUUGCAUAUAAGUAAAACACCUAUUUUGUAUAUUCGUAGCUUUGGGUAUAUUUUGGAGUAUCAUAGUUGGACAAAGAUAACGAAGACAACUCCUGAGAAUUUUGAGUAUUUAUUUAUUUAUUAUUUAACAACUUUAUUGGGUACGUCUACAAGCUCAAAAUGAAUGCAUAUACAAGGAAAGAGACAAAAAAUCGAUAGACAUACGCCAAAAGGGUCAGUGCGAACGGGACAUGGAGUCCCAUGCGGGGCACUACCCUUAAUAAAAACGAAAAAAAAAAAAAAAAAAAAAAAAAAUGUAAAAACGUACGGUGAAAAAGUGCUAGAUAACUAAAAAUCAAUGACAGGGACACGACCUAACAAUUGACCACGUGCACGUACUAUUAACAUCAAAAACUGAACGGACAAGAGAGUAAUUGAAGCGCGGCCCGUUUUCAUUGUGAGAGUAGUUUAAAGACUUUGUAGCGAAGGCAAUUAAAGGAAUAAUGUAAGUUAUUUUAUACCCGGACCCACCGAAAAGGCCAUCGAAGGUGUGUAAUUCAAACUGGUCUCUGUUUUAGAAUCGACAACAACAUAACACUCGUAUGUAACACAGAUGCUCACUUCGCAUAAAGAUGCGUGUGCCUUCAUUUAAAAGAAUUUGAGUUAAGGAUCGUUGUUAAUUAGUUGUCUCUCUUCUUCUUAGUUAAAGUUACUUUAAAAGUACGGCACUACUUGGUUCUGGUUGAAUUCAUUGAUAACUGCCCAAUGAACUACCUAGUCAAAUCAAUAAUUCUUUUCAUUGCAUUAAUAAUACUACUUAGGUGAAGAUAUUGAUACAUUGGGACUACCUAAGGUAGAGAUACUCUCCGAAUCCAAACAGCCAUUUACGGAAGAGACAGAUGUCAUGAAACGCGACGAGGAAAGGAUGUUCCAAGCGUCCAUAACUCGACAUGAGCACGAAUUAUUAAAAACCCCGUUGUCACUUGCUUGGUUUGUGAGAGAUGUGAAUGUCACGCCUUUUGCAAUUUCCAAAAAUCGGACGCUUGUAAACCGAGGUUCCCUGAUCUGGAAUGCCCCCGCUGGAUCGCUAUCAACGGGUUUGAAAUUGAUUGAAUUCGAAGUUUCUCACUUAAACUCAACUGCAGCAAGACGAGACUUAACUUUCAUCAAAGUGGAAGAGCCAUGUCUAAUUGCUGUGAUAAACGGCGGAUCCGAAACCCUGGUAUCUGCCAGAGGGCACAUUGACAUCAAUGGAGGCGAUUCCAUUGAUCCGGGAAUCGCUGGGGCUCGUUCUUCUGGUAUGAAAUUUAAGUGGGAAUGUUUCGAUGGCGGAUCGCUUGUGCCCAUUUAUAAUGAUACCCGAGCCAUAGUAGUUCCGUCAGAAUCGUCCAAGAGAACUGCAUCUAUCUGCCAGAGCCAUGAAUUGAAUGAGACAAGAGGAUUUAAAAUUCUCUUUAGGCCUAAAGCGGAACACAUAUACUACAUCCUGCUUGUUGUCGAAAAAGAUAGCCGCCAGGCUGAGUUUCUUCAGACUGUUUAUGCAGUAGAUGAAGAUAUGCUAAACGUCAAAAUCAGGUAGAAGUGUAAAUGGAAAAAACAAUUGUUUAUGUAUUAAUUCAUAAGUUUACUCGUUAAAUUAAUAUGACUAGACUCCCAGUUACCCCUGUCCCUAUUUUUCGGUUUUCACUUGAGACUUGCAGCCAUACAUGUUUCCUACUUCGCAAUUUACAUUUUUUUAAGUUGACCAAAACCUACUUAAUUUAAAGAGGUCUUUAAUUAUACUCGACCACGGAUUAACAAUUUUCUAUAAUUAUAGUCUAACUUUGCAACGAUACACAGUUGCAUAGUGUUAUUAAGAGUUCAUAGUAAACUAGUAUUCAGUGAGUUUCUUUUGUCUUUCUACAGAUGCGUCUCAAACUGCAAGAGGGAAGUUAUACCCAGCGAACGCUUUAGCUUGACAGCUAAGUGCUCUGGGUUAUGUAGACUGAAGAACACUAGCAUUACCUGGAAAUUGUUCACAAAGGGAUUCCAAAGCAAUGAAUCCACAACAGUGUGGCAUCUGAAAGACUCCUUAAAAGCGAUGAUAUCAACAAAGAUUAGCUCGAGAAAUAUCGUUUUUAGACAAGGAAGAUUACUUGAAGGUUCAUCUUACAGGCUUACAGUUAAUGUACAAUUACCGGACGGAAAGUAUGGCUGGGCGGCGUACCAGUUUAAAACGGUCUCCGCACCGAUAGGUGGGACCUGCAAUGGGACACAAGCAGGCGGAGAAACUUUAGGAAUUUUACUUAAUAUCCACUGCACUGGAUAUAAUGACAAAAACAAGCAUCUCACCUAUGAAUUUUUCCAUCAAGUCGAGGGCGGUAAUUUCCACUUGUUACUGUACAGUGCUAUACCAUUUGUCACUGUUCAGAUUCCUAAAUUUGAUAGCGGGGAGGUUGACAUAAAGGUUGUCAUAAUCAACUCGUUCGCAGCGAGAGCUGAAACUUCCUUCAGAAUCCAGGUGAGUACAAAUGAAGUAUCAUGAUCAAUUUACGUAUUAUGUUGAUAUCAAGUUCAAGCUCGUCACGAUCAUUAGGAGAGCAUAAUAUCCACUCUUAAGGGACUAGAUGAAGAAAAUUUGGAGUAGUUUUGCGUGUCAUUGACAAAAGCCUUUUCGAGAUUCAAACCUCGAGAAAGUCUUUUGUCAGAAAGGGAGAAACAUCAAUUGAAAAUAAAGAUUUUAAUGAGGGUAGACGAUGUUAUGUAUGGCAAGCAGUAAAACGGACUGCAAAUGACGAGCUUCACGUCCAAGUUUAUUUUUGUAAGAUGGGAAAACUUAAACUUGGCUCCUUAGAAAAUAGCAAACGAGUAAUGAAAAACUCAAAACUAGCAUAGAACCACUUGCCAUUAAGUUUUGUCUGUGGUCGCCAUAACGUGUUCGACCCUUGACCCGAAUUAUUUUCUUUUAAUUUUAGUUUGUUACUAACAUUUUGUUACUCAACAGGUUACAAACCCAUCAUGGACUAAUUUUCCUGUGGGUGCACCUCUCUUCUUUCGUCGUGCUGAAGCUUCCUUCACAAGAUAUUUGAAGGAAGGAUCCUUGAACGACGCCUGGCAGAUUGCACAGGUCCUUAUGCAGGCUGUUAUUACAAAUGAAGAUGCACAUUGGAUAACAAAGAGUUACGAGAAAAAUGUAAGAUGUAAUUCUCAUUUUAACCUUACCAGACCACCAUUACUUUUCUCUCCGACUCACCACAGCUUUCUACAACAAAAUUAUAUCGUGGCCGUUAUUGUUAUUAUCCUAGACAAGUACAAUUAGUAAUUCAUGAAUUAACUUGUAUUUGACCUUCAGAUGAGAAUUCAAGUAAAAUAAUGAUCCUCGGUUGUGGGCUGAAAUUUCGGAGAUUCCAGAAUAAAAGCAAAACGAAAAACCUAAAAAUGUGUUUCUUUUCUGCAAGUUCUUAAAUUGCAGCCGACCAAUGAAGUGGUGUUUUCCUUGAUUGAAACGUAUGAUCGAAACAAAACUAAACCACAGCAUGAACGUUGCGAAGUCAUUCAGAUGCUUUACUUCAAGCUAUCUUUUAAAGGGAUUAACAGCAUAUUCUUUUUACUCUGUUCUUUUUGUAGAUUAGCGACCAUAUCUUUCAAAAAUUAUCGAAUUCCAAUGCAUCAGAUGUGCAGACCGUUCUUCAGCUGUCGUCAGUCUUAAACCUAACAACUUCAAAUCCAAAACAUUUAUCUUCAGCAACCAUGGUAAAUAUCGUUGACCUUCACGAUUUUCUUCCUCUUUUCGUCAACUGGAAAAUAAUUUAUCAGUUUCUAUCGUGUAACUUUCCCGUUUUCUACCCCACCAAAGUGUCUCGAAAAAAAUUUUCGAGUAAGCCAUUCAUUCAAAGGCUCCAACCAUGUGAGCCACUUGAAUUCCGCAUAGACUCAACAAUAAUGGUUUGCUACGAAUCUCCUUCCUCCUUACACCAUGAGUCAGACUAAAGGAAAACUAAGACUUAAAAUACAACAAUGCACAUGGAAACGCAUUCUUCGCGCGCUAAGCCUGCCAUAUGUGAAAAAAGAAAUAAACACUUCCGUUUCUUUCUUAUAGUAAAAGGUGUAGUGGAGCCUCAAUGUAGAGAACAUUUCAAAAAAGAAAGUGUUGAUCACUUACCGAAGUAUCAUUCCGAGACCUAUCAUUCAUGUACGCAGUGAUUUUUCUUGCUUUUUCCAUUAUAGCACAUUGGAUUGGAAAUACUUGAGAAAUGGGUGCAGUUAAUAGACAUCAGAUUUCGCGGUGGUAAUGGGAAAGACCGUGCUCUCAACAGAGAUGCAUGGCACCUUGUACUACAUUGCUCUGGGAAUAUUCUGCACGCCAUCACACGAAGAGUUUCUUCCUCUACAGAUGAACGAGGAAAGGUAGACUGACAGACUUAAAUAACUGUGUUGCAUCAUGCACUUGGACAGGCCACAGAAUAUCUUGCUUUCGCAAUAUAUCUUGGAAGCUUAUUUAGUUCAUGCUAGAAAGCGUCAUCCUUCUGAUUUUAUCACAUUGCCUUGGUCUUUUUUAAAGGAGGAUCAAAAAUUUGAUAAAUAGUUUUGAAUAGGGAAUACCAAGCUAAGAUUCGCAAAAUAGCCUCGACUCUUAAGAUAGUCUCCUCUAGAGCUUUAUUUGGAACUCGCUUGUUUUCGAAGACCUAGAGACAACCUUCCAAUAUCUAAACUCACCUCACGAAUUCUCUUGCUCACAUUUAUUCUAAUCCCUAACCACCAAAGCAGCAAAGGAACAGAGUGGGUACAUACAUAGGUAACAGUUUUUCAGGAGACCUCAUACAACGAGCCUGAAAACAAUAAAAGCCUACAAGAAAAAUUUGUCUCCUUGCUCAAUGUGCCUGUGCCUUUCACCUUCAUCAAAGGAAAAUGUGCUUUUGACAUGUAGCUUGUAGGCGAGAAAUAUUCUUACGAGCAGCAGGUUAUACUCGGCUGUCCAUUUGUCAGAGCGAAUGACGAAGGGCCAAUCCUUGUAAUGUCAGCUUUAAAAAUCCUUCUUGAGACCAAUUUACAUCAUCAACUCAGCUGAUAAACAAAAUUAUCUUGUUAUACACCCCAUCCGACGCAGCACCAUAGUUUCUUUAGAAACUUAACCCUUUCAUUCGUUUGUCUAUUCGUCAUUCGUUAUCGGGGCUUGCUUGAAAGGUGUGUUCAGGUGCGUCUGCCUACAGCCCUGCAAAAUUUGUAGAGCAGUUGAAGGAGAUAUGGCAGGUGAUCCGCUUAGCGUUUCUAGCAAAGGACCAGUAGCCAAAUUCAAACUGACCUUUGUUUUCGAGGACUAUUAAAACUUUGAAAUUGGUUUAAUUAAAGAGUAUACAUUUUCACUACUUCAUUUAACGAGAAAUUUACUUUAAUAUUUCAUAAAUAUUCUUACUUACCUUUUCAGUUGGAAAGGAUGCAAAGAAGAGCACUAGAUCUGCAGGAGUCAAUGAUGAACUCUAUAAUGUCGUCGAGGCUCACUGGAGAAGAAUACAGCGUCAUGAAAACUAAACAUAACACUGUGAUUUUGGGAAAGCUUGAUAUUCACGAGAUGAGUGAUCUUCGAGUGGAAGAUGACAAGGCAAGCUUUUCUCUUCCGGUGAUGGACGAAGGCAUGACAAAGAAAUUGUUUGGAAAUGCUGAGGAUGUGCAAUUUCAGGUACUGCGUAAAUCAAAAAAUGAAAUAUAAAAACAGUAAUGAAAAUAGUAACGAUGAAGAUGGUAUCUGAGACAGUGACCAUGACUGUGAUAAUGAUGAUGAUGACAACAAUGGUGAUUAUGAUUAUGAUGAUGAUAAAACGCAGGUUGUUUUUAAUGCAAUGACAACAUAGGAGAUUACAAUGUAUAACAAGUUCUCACUGAGUAAGGUUUCAAACUGAUGGUCAUCCAAAAUUAAAAUAGUUAGAACACUUGGCUUUUACAAGAUCUUUUGAUGCGUCUUUUAGAAUAAAUUCCAGUAAAUUUAUGAUUACUUGAUGCAUUCGUCCUUUUGACUUACUUUCAAGAUGAUUAGCUACGCAGUAAACCCAUACUCCCUCCAUCAGCCAGUCGAUGAAAUCAACUCGGAGGUGCUCAGUCUGACACUCAAAGAUGACAACGGAAACGUAAUGAACAUCUCAGACCUAGGCUCAGAGAUCUCCUUGAAAAUUCCAAUAAGUGAGAAAGGAGAAAACGAGACACCAUCAGUCGAUGAGUACUCAGUCCCAGACUUCAUGUUGUAUCGAGAUUUUACAGAAAGUUAUGGAAACAGUAAAAUCAAACUUUCCUUAGACUUACAGAGGUCUGCUCCUUUUGAACUUUAUGUAAAGUAUGGCGCUAAACCAACGAAAGAGGACUAUGAUUUUGCCACUACUCUAGACAAAGAGAAUUGCCAGGAUAAAACUAGCAUCUGUGCCAAUAUAAGCCAUCACGUUUGGUUUGAUGCCGAGCGCAAAGGGAAAUAUUACAUUGGGCUGCUUCAUAAGGGAAUAUCGACGAGAAAGAGAAGGUCGACACUAACGGUAGAUCCUCCUGAAAAAGGUUUACAACUGGGUCAAAUACUAAAGAAAAGGAUGCCAAGAUCCAAUUCUCAAUCGACGCACUCUGUUGAAGAAUUGUGUGUAAAGUUCAAGGAUCCCCCAAUAGAUGAAACAACCGGUAAAGGGACGAUGGACUCUCCUCCAUACGACCCACAAAAGUCUGUGAACUUUACAGUGGUCUUGGAUUCAGUUGGAUGUCGGUACUGGUCCGAGAGUAACCAACAGUGGUUGAAUGAUGGAUGCAAAGUAAGUACCUGAUAUGAGAGUCUUCGAAAAGAUACCGAGAGAAAAUAAAAAUUUCUCGCUCGAGGGGAAAAAAGGAUGGCUCAAGAAUUAAAUUCUUAGAAGGCGCGUUAAUGCAACUGAACCCAUGGAAGAAAUAACGGAAAAACGGGGUUUCGAUUGGGAUGGACUCGGCUGUUUUAAUUGCCGGUUUUUUUCUCCUUAUCAAGGUUUUAAUAUGAAAAUGAUUGUGAAAUUUUUUUUCUCACAAGAAAAGCUCUGCACUUAGCUUAGCUUAAUUUUCAAGGUAAGGGUUUUUAGAACUUGCAAAUACUCAGUUGUACUUGAAUGUUCCUCAUGAAUGCAAAGCUAAUGAUGGUGCUGAUAAACAGUCAUAUUCGCAUAACGAUUACCUUACCAUACAGAUGCUUUUGACCUAAAAUAUUCAAGAGGCUAAUUACCCCAUAAUUUUUUUUAAGGCUGGUAUUAAUUCCACUGCCACCACCCUGCAGUGUCUUUGUAAUCACCUGACAUCAUUUGGAGGGUAUUUUGUAGUAACACCAAACAAGAUAGACUUUGACAAAGUGGUGCUAUUUAGCAGCGAUGACCCAAAAGAUUACGUCGUCAUUAUGACAGUAUCAAUGGUGUUUCUUGUGUACUUCAUUGUGUUAGUCUUCGCCCGGCGGGCGGAUAAAAGGGAUCUUGAAAAGGUUUGUCACUGAAAAGUUAUCCAAGAAUUUGCAUGUAUACCUUUUUAAAGAAAACAUUUUCCAGGCGCUAUAAUCUUGAGGAAAUUAUCUUUAUUUUCCAACCAUUCCAUUGGUUUGAAAAUAUUUUCUGCUUUAUUAAAUCAGAUGCUUAGUGGCUAAGUUAUGUCUGAGCAAAUAGUGCCCAAGUUAAAAGAAGCUUUCACUAAGGUGAUUCGUUCCUUGGUUAAGGAGGAAGGGGAUUUGAGGUGAGCCUAUACCAUAGAAGGAAGAAUUCUUCAAGUUAAGAGACGAACUGCGCUGCAGAAAAAAUUGAAUUAGCCCGCGUACUCCAAGGUUUUGCGGUCGACGUUUACUGCAUACCAAAAUUCCAAAGCAUACUAGGGUAGUAAUGAGAACAAGUGCCACUAUAUAGAUACUCACUAAGGCUUUUCCUAAUAGACUAUCUUAAACUAAAAUAAAACUCAUUUAUGGACUGAGACAUUGCUUUUAUUCGCGCAAACUGUCAUGGCCUCUGUUGUUCCUCUUCAGGUGGGUCCUCUUGUGCAUAUACAAUCGCCAGGAGGAUUCUAUCGAUACAAGGUCUCUAUCACUACAGGGACUUGGCGAAACUCAGGCACCUCUGCCAACGUUUCCAUAAAGAUGAUGGGGACUGAGUCCUCCAGUAGUGUCAUCGGGUUAUCUUGCAACUAUGAGGAGAGUAGAAAACCCUUUGAAAGAGGAAAUACUGACAACUUCCUUAUUGCUAUUAAUCGGCCAAUUGGCACGCUGAUUAAAGUUACUAUUGGCCAUGACAGUUUUGGUGAGGACCCAUCGUGGUUCCUGAACAACAUCUUCAUAACAGAUCUUCAAUUGAACUGCACAUGGACAUUUCCUUGUUUUCGUUGGUUGGGCUUAGAACUAGAGGAUGGGAAAACGACCUUAGAACUUUAUGCCGCGACUGCAAACAGGUACUAUGACUUUACAACUCAGUUCAAUAACGCCAAGAAUUACAUGUUCGCCAACGAACACAUGUGGUUCUCGAUAGUAACUAAAGAUCCAAAGGACGUGUUUACCCGAGUAGAACGAGUAACUUGCUGCUGUUUCUUUCUGCUUUGGGGAAUGAUCGUAUCUGCCCUGUUUUACCAAGGAACUAUUGACGAAACGAGACCUAUUCAAAUUGGACCUUUUAAAAUUACUAUCCGGGAACUAUCAGUUUCUGUGAUCACAGCAGUGAUCGCUUUCGUACCCAGUUACCUCGUCGUAUUUCUCUUUCGGAAGAGUAGACGCUCAAGAGUAGCAGUUGAUGGAGACUAUUAUCGUGACCGCGAUCAUGAUACCAGCGAAUCAUUCCAACUCCCUCACCUUUGCAUCUACAUUGCCUGGUUAAUCUGUGUUGCUGGCUCAGUGCUGUCUUCCGUCUUUAUGAUUUUCUACUCUCUGGUAUGGAAGGGAGAUAAGUCAUCGCGGUGGUUGGCAUCUGUAUUUCUGACCUCUACCGAGGACAUAUUUAUUUCCCAGCCCUUGAAAAUCGUAGUCAUUUCUGUAAUUCUGGCCUUAUUGUUUCCGCGGAAAAGAAUCCAGACUCACGACCUCGCAAGCAGCACUGGAAGCUUUCAAUCUGACGGCAAUUCUAAACUCUUCAGCAUUACUAAGAAAGAGAUCGAGGAGCAAAGGAAAUUCAGAAUUACUGAAAUGAAAACGAAUUUAUUUGCGAGGAACAUAGUGUUUUCGAUUGUCUUCCACGUUCUUCUAUUGAUAGUGUGUUACGGAAACAGAAGUGGUGAGCGAUUUCACCUCGCUGAAGCUACACGCAAUGCUUUUACAAACUUGAGUCAGGUACGAGACGACAGGUCCCUGAAAAUAAAAAGGCCUUGAGUCUUUCAGAUAUGCAAUAGCUAUCUUAACAUCCUAAUUAACAGCUAAUAUUCGCGGGGUGCAAGAUAUUCAACAGUUGUUUAUCAUUAAUCUUAAGAUGUAAAAGUUUUGGCUCCUGCAAUUAAAGACAAAGAAUUGCAGAAACGUCAGUCAGAGAAAGAAAAAUGUGAAGCAUUGCGAUCGUUUUGGAAAAUCAGCAAUGUAGGUUUGGUAAGAGACCGUUACAAUUUGAAAGUCAAAGGCGAAAAAAAUAACAUAAAAAGGCUCGUUAAUGUGCAAAAACCAAAGGAACUCAUCGAUAUUCCCUGCAUCAAACCAUCUGCUGAUCACACAACCAACCUAAUAUCUUUUACAGGUCAAAAAUACGUCAGGGCUUUGGAAGUGGCUUGACGACGUUGUUAUCCCAGUGGUCUAUGCUGGUGAAUGGUACAAUGGUCAAAAAGAGCCAAUGACUGUCUAUACCGGUAACAAGCUCUCCAUCUUACUAGGCAUGCCGCGCCUACGACAAUUGAGGAUUAAAAAAGGUAUGCAAAGCGACGAAGUUGCUUUUAGAAAUGUGUUUCAUUCGAUCCUCUUAUUCCAUAGCUUCCUUCUUUAGCACCCAAAUUCAUAUCGUAGCUCGCAAGUAUACUCGAAUCAUGAACUCUUUAUCAUACGAAUUGAGUGCAGAAAUGGAUAUGAAGUCGCUCAACUGUAAGAGCUAAUAGCUCAGACCAAAUACACUUUGCACACAAAACUCGACUUCUUAGUCAAACUUAAAUCGACGUCUUAAAGCCUAACUCAUUUUAUUUUUUUGCAUUUUUCUGUUUUUUUCGCAUUUUUGUAUGUUGCUUAAUGGCAGCGAUUGUAAUAAAACUAAACUUCACGGGAUUUGACUCCUCCUGAUUUCCUCUCCUCUUUCUGGGAUAAUCUACUGCCUCGUGAACUCAAACGACUUAAAUUGCUCCCCCAUUUGUGAUCGUUGCCCCCCCCCCCCCCUUCCUACCUACCGGAGAUUCAGAGAUCUGUUCGUUAGAACAAACAAAUUUCCUGACAAAACAACACAAAAAAAGAAAAUGGACCCGACUCUAAGGAGAAACCCGGUUUCCCUCUGUGCUAUUCCUCAGGUUCGUGUUCAGUACCUAGCGUUUUGGGGAAUUGGGUAUCCUCUUGUUACGACUUCUAUUCAAAAGAAAAGGAGGACAAGGAAGGUUGGGAUCUGAUGUCAAAUAACAGUUCUAUCCCUUGGAAGAGUGUUGCGUGUCCGGAAAACUGGAAAUACAUGUCUGAAGAUGAUGUAGGUGACUAUUCAAGUCAUGGUGUACACUCUGUCUAUGGUAGUGGUGGUUAUGUAGCUAAUCUGGGAUACCUUGAUUACACGGCUCGUCGAAUUCUGCGGGACCUUGCAAAGAAUGAAUGGAUUGAUCGUCAAACUAGAGUUGUCUUGAUUGAGGUUACCAUGUUCAACGUAGCCACAAACCAGCUUCUAGAUGUUGUGUUAUAUUUUGAGAUGAUUCCAUCGGGCUAUCUAGGAUCAUUUUUGAGGAUCGAGGUGAUUCGAAUGGCUAUGUCAGAUUCAUAUUCCACCACAAUGUACUUGAUCAUAAGGUUGCUAUUCGCCUUCUUUCUUGGCUACUACUCAGUGACUGAAUGCAUCAGAGCCUAUCGGUUGAAAUGUGCAUACCUGAAAUCUCCUUGGAGCUGGCUUGAAAUGCUGCAAAUUCUCAGUGCAGUGAGCGCCGUUUUCAUCUCUAUCGAAAAAGAGAAGCAUAUAACACAAGCUCUUGAGAAGUUGAGUAAAAAUCCAUUCGCCAUCGUAAGCUUCCACGACGCGUUAUUCUGGUUCCAGAUCGAAAACCACGUGAUCUGCAUGGCAGUAACCAUAGCGACGUUACGUUUUCUAAGAUUACUCAAAUUCAACAGACAAAUCAUAAUACUUUUUCUUUCUGUAAAAAAAUCCGUUAAACCAAUCUUGAGCUAUGCAGUAGUGUUCUGCAUUGUCUUCACUGCAUUCGCGCAUGCCGGGUCGCUCCUCUUUGGUAAAAGCAUCUACAUGUUUUCUUCUUUCAAACGAGUAAUUGUGCAACAACUUCUCAUGGCUCUCGGGGCCUCCGCUCCGCGUAGAGAACUCGUAGAUGUACAUUCAGACUUUGCCAGACUUUACAUAGAAAGUUUUCUUUUCUUUACGGUGGUGCUGCUCAUCAACUUUUUCGUUGCAAUCUUAAACGACGUUCAUUCUGAGUCAACCAGCGCUAACAAGGGCAAUGAGGAUAUGGAGGUAGCGAGUUGUUUGUUAUCAAAGUUUUUAAAAAUGUUUGGCAUAACAAAAGGGCAGCAGGAGGUUUCUCCUAAAACGAAAGUAGGAGAAGACGUCAGAGAGAAAAAGCAAACGAGACAAAUGUCGAUUUCUGAUACAAACUCCUCUCCGAGCCAGAAGGAGAAGACUGAAGCUUCAAAAGAAAGAAACGCGAGUUUGACCGAUUUUGAUACGAGCACACAAGCUAAAACUUUGAAACAACGACAACCCGCGCUUCCAACAGCUAAUGCAUCUCCAGUUUCAAAGGUUUCUUCACAGGAAAACAAAGAGAAGAAAGAGGAAUUCGUUUGUUCGCCUUUGACAUAUAGGAAAGAACCCAUAUCAACAAACCUGGAGUCGCUCAUUCCCACAUCAUCAGGUAAUUUAUCAGAUAACGACGAUGAGUUACAUUUCUCGGUCAGACGCACAGUACACUUUGCCGACAAUGUUCAGAUCAGGAAAGUGAGUGCUUCGUCGAACGAUUUCAUCGCUUCUUCAAUCUACUCUCGUAGUCUUUCAAAUAAACAAGAGCGGGAGAAAGGGAGCACAAGCAAAGCAACUGUAAAUUCAACCAAGAGAGUGCUAAUUAACACAACAGACGAAAUCCACGGUACUCUAACACAUUCUUGCGACAUAUCGCAGGAAGUAUACGAAAAACCUAAGGAUAAAAUCAUCAAUUUCGAUGAUGUUAGUAAAUGGCUCAAAAGGAUCGACCCAUCAUCCAACACCUCAAGGAACAUUUCUGAGUUCCAGAGCAAAAUGUCAAGUAAUCCCAAACACGUUGCAGGUACCGUCGAUUUUGACAUAUUGAGUAAGAUAUUGAAGUUAAAAGAAAAAGCAAAAAAGCUGAGAGGAACUGCGGGCGAAAGGAUUACAAAAGAACUGAUACGCCAAGCCAAACGGCUUGACCAGCUCCUCUAUUUGCUGGAUCAGUCUGAAGGGAUCUAG